UAAAUAAAAGUUGAUUAUUCAUGUGAGGUUUAUUAUUGUGAUAAAAUAUAACGUUAGUAGAAAUCUAUUUUUAAGAAGUGCUUGGUCCUUAAAAAUUUGCAAUAUUAGAUGAAAAAAAUCACCCAGCAAUGUUAAAAUGCUAUGCCUUGGGAUCCGUAAUGGCGGGGAAUAUGAUGUCACAGACGCAGGGGCAAUGGAAAAGACGCAGGGGCAAUGGAAAACAAGACUUAUUGUUUUACAAUCCGUUUCCUAAAUUGGUCAAUACUAAACUUCAUAAAACCUAUCUGUUACAUCUCAGGUAGUGCUCACAAUGCGCGAAAAUGAGGAUGUUUGGUUUGAAAGUUUUAAGCAACAAAUGACAGAAAACCUAGCAUGGAAACACAAAAUUCGAAUCAUGUUUUCCUACACAGCAUACAGAUUCUACCUAUACAGCUCAAGAUUAUGUACUUGAUUAACGGUCAGUUCAGCUUUGGUACUAAAUUCGGAAAGGUCAACGAGACCUUAAGUAAAAUGUAUUAUCGACGUCAUAAUGCAAAUGUGAUGCAGAAUGCACCGAAAGAUCAACUAUUGGUGUUUAAUAUUAAAGAUGGUUGGGACCCAUUGUGUAAAUUCCUUGACCAGCCUGUCCCUGGGACCCCUUUUCCACACAAAAAUAAAAAAGCUAGCCUAACUGCAGACAUCAUGAAUACUGAUUCAAUCAUGUUAAAAAUGCAAAGAGAAACAACACUAUUUUACUGCACUACUCUCAUGCUCGGCACAGUUUCUGCAGCAAUGUGGUACUAUUAUAAAUGAUAUUAUUAGCUGAUAUAGUUAGAUGGAAAAAAUGUUUCGUGUCUUUCUAUGUUGUGUAUUUGUAUUUAUGUUAGGAACGGCAAGCUGUAUAUUCUCCAAUUUUGUAUUUAACGUUAUUACUGUGAUGUGAAUAAAUACUAAUAAUUUUAUGUGUAGACAACAUUACAUUGAUUAAGCUAGUACGCAUCCGUUAGGGGUUGUCUAGCUGUAAACAAUAUAAAACGGAAGAAGGCUUGUCGCUCUCAUAUACAUCUUUUUUGGUUGUGCACGGCAGCGUGCGGACGGUUCUCGCAACAUGCGCGAAAAAGCUAGCUUUGCUAGGGUGGUGAGCACCCAAAAGAUUAAUAUGUUUAAACGCCCCAACUGUCUGAGUUUUAAAACAGAAAAGCAAAUCAAAAGACACGAAGUGAUUGAUAUCUUAAAGAAAAUAGGCUUUGAAAG